AUGCUUCCAGACACCGAGUUAAACGAGCCGGUCUACGAGCACCUGCUCGAGGGUGUACAGAGACCAGAGGAUGAUGACUGGGACAGAGAUACAGACACUUCAUCACAACAAACUAGAUAUGAUGACCCUGAAAAUCUCUCGGCCCCGCCCCCGCUGACGCCACAACCGCAAACCACCAUUGCUGAGGAGGGACAAACACAAACGGCAAGUGAGAUUAUGAGUGACUGGUUUCUCCUGGAGAUACUCGGAGUCAUCUUAUCUGCUGGACUACUGAUUGCCAUGGUCGUUGUUUUGAACACCCGCAAUAAACAUCCUCAGCCUCACUGGAGAUACAUGUCCCUCAAUUCGCUCGUCUCCUGGAUGAGUACCCUUUCGAAAGCUUGCAUACUAUUCUCCGUCAACAAAGCCUUGGGCCAGCUGAAGUGGGUAUGGUUCGCGCAAACUUCACGGCCCGUCUUUGACAUCCGCACAUUUGACUCGGCUAGCAGAGGGCCUUUUGGUGGAAUAGCCCUGGUUUGGACGCUGAGGGCGAGGCAUUUUGCAGUUAUCGGCUGUUUGGCUGUACUUUUAGCCCUCGGGUUCGAUCCAUUUUCCCAGAAUCUAAUUCAUUACUCGAAAAGAUGGUCGUCGAUGAUGCACAUGCGGCAUUGGCUGCCAAUGUCUCUUACUAUAAUACUACUGCCGAGGUGGAGCUGGCAUUCCCAUGUGAUAAUGAUAGUUGACCCGGCUCUCAUGUCCAACGUAUACAACUCUUUACUCAACACUGAUCAGACAAAACCAUGGGCCAUUCCUCGGUACAUCUGCACUUCGUCCAAUUGUACUUGGAAGCCCGUUGCGUCACUGGAGGCUCAGGCGUCUUGCGCAAACAUCACCGAUCGUCUCACGCGAUCAUGCGAGAGAGUAGAAAAAGGCAUGAACUGCACCGUCAGUCUACCCAAGAGCAACACAACCGCCUGGUAUCUAAAAGAUGGAACCUAUAGCCUCAAAUUUGUUGUUGACGUGGUGAAUGUGGACAAGGCGUCGAUGUAUACAAAUGAGUCGUACGUGAUGCCUAUCCAGUUCAUUGCGCAACGGGAAAAUACUACAGAUCAUCGCGUACAGAGCCGGCAAGACAUGGAAUGGGAGGCCACCGAAUGCACCAUUCAGCCUGUUGUACGCAGUUUUCGGGCCUCGGUCAUAAAUAGUGUCUACAGGGAAGAAACACUUGCGGUCUGGGCCAACGGCACCGCCACCGGGAUCAAUGACAGCACCACCGCGCCUAAAUGGACUCUCCAGCCUCCUUGGGGCCCCGACCUGGGCGUCACACAGCCGAACCAAAAGUUCGAACUCGAUAUACGACAAACUGAACAAAGCAUAGAACUGUUUUUAAAAGCCAUCUUCUCCGGCUCUUAUCUGGUUGGUCUGAUACACUCGACAUUCUAUCCUGCUUCGAGAGAUUACGCAGGAGCAGACAUCCUCCGCGCGCUGUGGGGAGGAGGCAUUGUCGGCUGCGGCGACGAGUUAGCUGGUCGAUUAAACUGCAGCAUGCAGAAUGUGGCUGAGGCAAUCUCCAAGACUUUUCGGGACUCGGCCUACAUCAAAGCGAAGUCGAACCCCGACCAUGCAGAGAUGGCUCGGGGGGAUUCCUUAGUCAGCGUCACCUAUAUCUCUGUUCACUGGGAAUGGAUAGCGUUACCUGCCCUUGUGUGGGUACUGGGCACACUGGUAGUGAUUGGGACUUGGUGGAAGACCCGUCGAACCAAGGCGCCAAAAUGGAACAAUGAUCCACUGCCACUGUUGUUUCUCUACCAUGACAGGAUUAAUCAGGGGCCUGGAGGUGGAUCACAGGUUGAGGACGAGGCUAGUAAGCUGGGAAAGCUGAGAGUCAAGCUCUACAAAAGCGAGCAGCGGGUUGUUUUGGGUAGAUGA